GCGGUGUCUGGAACGAAGCGAGCCUUCCAUGGCCAGUACGACUACAACUACGGGACUUUCUUCGCCUCUCCACCUCUGAGGGUGCGCAUUGCACCUUCAAACUCCCUCCAUGCCCCUAGAGCACGGCACGGCCCCGCUGAGCGAAUUCCGCAGGCCCUCCUCCGGCACGGAUGACAUUCUCGUCGCCUGACCAAAUCACCAACCGUCCGCUGAAUCGCUCGCAAGCUUAGGGAGCCGAGAGAGAAGGUGCGAGCGGCGGGGUGAGAGGGAGCAAGUGCUGCCGGUGCAUGUGGGCCACUCGGGAGAGCGAGUGUGAGGUGAACCGGACGGUAGUCGUGGAGUAGAUUGUAGAUUGUAGAUAGAUUGGCCGGGACGAGAUUUGGACGAGAUGGCUUUGAUUAGGUCAAGGGGAGGAGCGGCAGGGGUUCUGGUUGGGGUGCUGCUCCUCGUGAGCGUUGCAAGCACGAGUGCAAUGAUGGUGGAUUUGGCUGCUGUCCUAUCUGGUCAAGGCGGCUUCAGUGAAAUCAUCAAGGUUGCUCAGAAUGCCAACAGAACGCAGUGGCCCUCGGCCUUCACCUUCUUUGCGCCCAGUAACGGGGCUGUCAAAAAAUACAGCUGCUUGAAAGAACCAGGACAGUCUUCAAUCGCGGGCAGGGUUCUACAGUAUCAUAUGCUGACAGCAGCAUACGCUGAUGCGGCCAUCGUCACCAGGACCAGCAAGGCGCCGUGGUUGGCAUACACUGCACUCGCAGGCCAAAGGCUCAACAUCACUAAUAAGAAUGGCAAAAUCACUAUUGUCGGUAAUGGCAUCACCGCCAAACUCAACAAGCAAGAUGUUGUGAGCAAGAGCACUCAGUCUGUCCAGGGAAUCGACAAGAUGUUCAUUCCAACCACCAUCCAGAAUGUAUGUGGCAUAAAAGCCGGCUCAACCAGCAGCACAACUGUAAACGCAAGGAGGAGCAGACUCUUGGAAGUUGCGGCGCUAAUGGUGGGCUUAGCCUCAGUAGGGUACUUCUACUGGCCGUGGUAGUCCAGAGGUUGGCAGAGCUGUGCUAACCAUGCAAACAUCAACCAGAUGAUGAAUUCAGACUUGGAGGAUGUCUUGAUGACCUAUCAUUUUGAGUUCACAAAUUUGGCAGAGCAUGCAUAGCUAGUAGCCACGAUAGCUUCAAGCUCUCGGCAAGGAAAACUUUGAGGAGCCGAGGGGCGUUUAUCUGGGUGGAGAAUUGUUGGUGCAGACUGGAAUACUUUUUGAGACCAGAGAAGAGAUUCGACACAAGCUUUAAUUCUGCCAGUCAUUCUGCACUUUGGUGCUGCUCCAUAGGAAGGGAAGGAAUCGAACAAUUAGAGUCCGUCGAAUGUAGUCAAGUGGAGUUUUGGUGAAAUGCCAUUAGGGCCAUGUUCGGAAAAUACACCAUGGUUUCUGAUUCAUGUACAAUAGGGCCAACGUGUGUGUAUAAGGAGCACGUAUAUGGACUUAUUCAGUCUCAGGACUAUAUCGUCAAGAGUCGAGAAUGUUUUUGCCGCGCAAAUGUCCACUCGAAUCGUUGCAGACUUUUGUUUUCAAUUUAUUGGGAAAUAAAAUUACCUAGUUUUGUCUCCCC